CCUUCUUUGCCACCUUAUUUGUAUUCUUUAUGAUUAUUUUUAGUUGAAUAUUGUAUUUUGCUCUGUUAAUCAAAAUUUGGUUUUCUUAAUGGAUAUUAUGCGUAGUAGGGUUGGGUUCAUGUUGAUUUUUGUUUGACCUAAACCUGUGGUGCUGCUGUUUACUCUCUUUGUUGUAAGUGUUUGAUAAAAUUUCUCUUUCAGCUUUAUUGUGUUUUUUCCUGUUCAAAGCUUCAACUACACUUAAAUUCUGUGCUAAUACCCUUAUGACAAUGCUGAAAUGGCUACUUGAGAUUGUAUCUAAUUCUAUAAUAUACAGGCUUCAAUUAUGGAACCAAUUACAAUAGAAACACAUAAAGACGCGGACAGACGCAUGUAUGCAAAAGAAGAAAAAUAGAAAAUGACUGCUUCUGAUAAAGGAAAUCACACAAUCAAUGAUAUAUUUAGUCAAUUUUGAGAAAGAAGAGUUAGUAUGAAGUCACUAGAAGGAAACUUCCACAUAGCUUUUCUAAACCCAAUAAAAGCAUAGCCUAUGCCGUUUCUCUUUAUAAGCUGCAGGAAUACAUAAGUUUGAAUAAACCUUUCAAGCAACUAUACAUAAUAGUCCAGCGGAAAGGAACUUCAUGAAAAAUUUGAAACUUCUUCACUUCAAGCCAUUUUAGUUUUACUUUUUCCUAAAGGAAUAGAAGUCAGAUUUCAUGGGAGGAACUGUAAUGUUGACAGAGAAAAUAUUCGAAUACAAGACUUUCGUUUCUUCUAUUCAAGAAGGGAUAUAAUUCGAGACAUUUUAUCUCAGAAUCAUUCUAAAAAACUUUGCAUUACUUUAAGGACUCUGGAUGAUAUGCUUAACUACCGGCAGAAUUAACUUCAAUAAAAUAAUCGAAUCAGUUCUUUGAGUUCGUUCUUAAAUCCCAUUUUGACAAAAAUAAAUAAAAUAAACAAAUCGAUAGUGAAGAACAUGAUGGACAUUCUUUUUUUCAUGUGUGUUUGAAUUAAAUCUGAAAGUAGAGUGAAAGGAACCGUGAUUUAAGGUUGUAUAUUUGCCUAACUUCAAAGGAUUUUGGCCUAUGAAUUUCACUUAUCAUGCCAAUCGUAUUAACAUUUGCCUUUCUCCGUAUUACCAAAAGUUCUUAAAUAUCUUUAACAAAGUUUUCAAUUCUUUCUUGACGCAGGGAGUUCCAACACUCAGAAAUAUAGUGAUUAAAAAAAUCCAAAUCCAACUUUUACUAGAAAUUCCUAAUUGUUGCAAAAAAAAUUCAAGUGUAUUUUACGUAUAUUUGCUGCCUCAUAUUUAUAAUAUGGGAUGGUUUGUUCUUGCAAUUUUACAGUUACCAAUAUGCAGGUUAUAUUAAUAAAAUGGAAUAAAGACUUAGUAUUAGUGAAAUUACGCCACUAACUACAGAAUGGACUUGCAAAGUCCAGACUGUAGACAAAUUUCUGUCGCGAGACAGUAAAGAUCAGCGAGUUCAUUUUCAGACAAUAAUUGUGCUGGAUGUAAACGAGGAACAAGUUUGUGUGAUACUUUAUGGUGACGAUAUUAGAAGAUGUGAUAACUUGUUCGAACUUUUUGAGACAUAUCUAAUUUCAACUGCCAAGGUUAGAAAUCCGCAACCUUAUUCACUACAUAUAGGACAAUUUGAGUGGAUUGUUGACAGAUUUAGUAUUGUGGAGUCUAUCCCAAAAAAUAAUAAAAAGGAGGCACUGUUACCUCCUCCGUCAAUACUGAGUACGAUUUCAUUUGCUGACGUUGCACAACAGCCUUCCGGUGUUGAGUUUGAUCUAUUAGCUGUGGUGGCAAACUGUGGGGCAAUGCAACACACCGCUGAUCAGAGUAAGAGAUUUCAAGAGGCCAUAGUUAUGAAAAAAAUGAAGAAACCUCUCUUCUUCACUAUAUGGGAAGACUUAGCAAGCAAUGAAGGAGCUGAGGUUCUGAGACAAGUGAGGCAACUACAAGAAUAUCUUAUUAUUCUCGAGAAACGGAUAGGUGGAAGUUUUUACGUCGAAGGAGAAAUUUCGCUACCUGAGCAUUUCCAACGAUUUUACCUGCUAGGUUGCUCUGAAUGUAACCAUCUUGUUCGGAACAAAAUAAAAAGGGAGAUUCAAUGCAUAAACUGCAGGCUGCCACGAAUGUUAAUUCCAAUGUGGCACUUUGAGGUAGAAAUUACAGGCGAAACUGGCACAAUAACAGCAACAAUGUCUGAAGGCUUGGGCGAAAGAAUAUUAUCAAUAAUAGCUGAACAGAUAUAUGAUAUCACCGGUGUUAAGAAUGAGUUAUUCCUUGUUGCCCAUAUCAAUCAACUACUUGCUGAUACACUAUUCAGAGUUCAGCUACAAAGGUCAUCAUCCAGAACACCGGACAAAAAUGCAUGUUCUUUGGUUCUUUUGUCAUACACUGAAAAACCAACCAUGUUUCUACUAGAAGAGUCAACAUCUAUGAGUGGUGCCGGCAGAAUUAUGGAAGAAGAGCCAAUACUUGUAACUGAUGCAAGAGCAACUAAGAAACAGAAAAGGGAACCAAGUACUCUACCAAAGCCACAGUCAAGAUUGUCGAAGCAGUGAUGUUCGCUCAGACGGUCUGCGAUGUAUAGACACAUUUUGAUAACAUUUUGGCAGAUCAUACCGAUCUUUCAACAAAGUUUAGAUAUUUGGCCACUUUAACAAACUGUUCCACAUUUUUUGCGUAAAUAGUUGUCAGUAGUAUGUGCCUAUGUUUUUGAAGGCAAUUGGUAUUAUUUUUGGAUAUUGAAGCGGCCUCUAAAUGUUGUACAUACCAGUCUGUUUAUUGAAAUGUAGAAACUGAAUGUAGUGUUGUUGUAUAUCUUGUCUGUUUGACAUUAAUGUUACAAACAUGCUGUUCUAUGCAAAGAUUCAGUAAUUGCUAUCAAGAAUGUAUCUUUAGUGGAUUGAUUGAGGCUAGAACUGUACAUCGCUGAACUUUGCAAUGUGUAGUCUAUUUAUACAAGUCACUUGCUUAUAAAUGAACUCUUUCCCAAUGGCACUCUUUAGCUAUAAGAAGUACAUGGUUGAGUUUGAUGAAUUUGUGACGCUAUUAUACAUUGUCUUUGAUAGAUAUGAUCUGACUUUCUCAAUUGCUCACACUCUA